UGCAAACACUGCAAAGACAUGAGGAGAGCCGCAUUACUCUGGUGGUGCCGUAUUGAAUGAGGUUUGGCUGCACUGUGCUGCCGUAGAACACUGGAACGCCCUCCUAGUGACAGUCUAACAUGGCUGCUGUGGCAAAAGCGUAGAAACUCAGAACACAUUUGCUCUCCAGCUCUGGGCACUUAGUUCAGGGUGAAGAAGGGCGGAAAGAGACGCCUUUUCAAUCCCACUUUUUCAGGAAACUCAAAAAGGUAAUUUGUAAACUGAAUUCUUACGACUGACGCUUUCGUAGCCUGUGCAAAACUAGGUACAACAACAAAAAAAAAGAAAGGAAAAAAAGAGACAAGUCCUCUGACUGAAGAGUUUCCUUUAUGUGUCUGUGUGCUGAUGGGCACUGACGAGCAGUAUCGCUUCACGAAAAGGCUGGUUACAGCAACAGCUUUGCUCCCAGGCACGCUUACAAACGUGUGUAGGACCAGGACAGUGUACUGAGGACCACACUUCACUGGAUACGUUUGGGAAUUAGCUUGGCAGGCAGAAUGUUUCCCGUAAAGCCUCUGAAACCAACUUUCAAAUCCUACCUCCCUCCCCUGCAGACAGAAGUGAAGAACAGUCCCCAGCCAACUGUAAGGAAGUUAGAAGCAAAACUACUACCAGGGGAGAUUGUUGUCAACGAAGUUAACUUUGUAAGGAAAUGCAUUGCGACUGACACAAGUAAGCAAGACCUUUGGGGGAAACUGGUCUGCACAAACUUCAAGAUCUCCUUCAUUACUGAUGAUGCAGUGCCUCUUCUGAAAUUCCAAUACAGAAACAAGCUUCUAGGAGAACAUGACAUUCCCUUAACCUGCAUAGAGCAGGUGGUGACAGUAAAUGACGCAAAGAGGAAGCAGAAGGUGCUCGGAUCAAACCAGAAGCUCAAGUUUAAUCCCACCGAGUUAAUAAUCUACUGCAAGGACUUCCGCAUUGUGCGCUUUCGUUUUGAUGAAGCCGGGCCAGAGAGUGCAAAAAAGGUUUGUCUUGCUAUUGCCCAUUACUCGCAGCCAGCAGAUCCCCAGCUCCUCUUCGGAUUUGAAUAUGUUGGAAAGCGGUAUUAUAAUCCAGCUGGAGACAAAGUAAACGGUGUAGACCCGGGAGGAGGAGGUGAUGGAGGUGGUGGGGUGGAGGGUGUGCAGACUCCCCUAUUCGACAGGUCCUCUGACUGGGACAGAGAAAUCAAACGAACUGGAGGGUCUGAGUGGAGAGUGUGCUCUAUCAACGAGAGCUAUGUCAUAUCGCUAAGUCUUCCUGAAUACUGUGUGGUUCCGGUUUCACUGGCAGAUCAGGACCUCAAACAGUUUUCAAUUUAUUUCACUGGACAACGCAUCCCACUGUGGUGCUGGAAUCACCCAAAUGGGAGUGCUCUGGUGAGAAUGUCUACUAUUAAGGAUAUGGUUCAACAAAGAAAAUUAGACCAAAGGAUCUGUAAUGCUAUCACAAGAAGCCACCCCCAAAGGAGUGAUGUUUACAAGUCUGAUUUAGACAAGAGCCUUCCCACCAUUCAAGACGUCCAGGCUGCUUUUGUCCGGCUCAAACAUAUCUGUGUUAUUGACCCUUUUGAAGAGUCAGAUGAGAAAUGGCUGUCCUCCAUGGAAAGCACACACUGGCUGGAGUAUGUCAGGUCAUUCCUGAAACACUCAGCUGAGCUUGUGUAUAUGCUGGAUGGAAAGCAUGUUUCUGUCAUUCUGCAAGAGGAGGAAGAUCGGGACCUGAACUGUGUGAUUUCCUCCCUCGUUCAAGUGAUGCUGGAUCCUCAUUUCCGCAGCAUCGCUGGCUUCCAGAGCCUGGUGCAGAAAGAGUGGGUGAUGGCAGGGUACCGAUUCCUUGACAGGUGUAACCACUUGAAGAAAUCUGACAAAGUGGAGUCUCCCUUGUUCUUGCUCUUCUUGGACUGCGUAUGGCAGCUGCUGGACCAAUACCCUGCAGCCUUUGAGUUCACAGAAACCUACCUGACUGUGUUGAGUGACAGCUUAUGGAUCCCAGUCUUCAGCACUUUCCUUUUCAACUGUCCUCAGCAGCAGGCAGAGCACAGCAGAGAAUUUGCAAGAAGUAAAAACAUCCACCUGGGAGAUGAAAAGGUUCUUCAGUUUCCUUCUGUCUGGGAUUGGUCCCAGCAGUUCACAGCUAAAGAUCAGGCUCUGUUUAACAACCCUUUGUAUGUUGGGAAGAGUGCAACCUGUGUACAGAACGGAGCUGUAAAAACAUUUAAAAGGACCAAGAAAAACUACAGCUCCACCCUGCGCGGCAUGCCUUCCCUGAGGAACGGGCUGCUGAGCGAGCAGGAGUUAAUUCCCAGGAGGAAUUCUUUAGUGCUGAGGCUGAAGCCUGAGUUCUCUCUGCUGAAGGAGCCCCAGGAGAGCCCGUCGGAUCAGUAUAUUCGAGAAUGGUUUUCGAAGCCUGCUGACCUUCAAGGUCUGAUCCUUCCCCAGCUUCUUUCCUCGCACAUCAAAGUGUGGAAGUUGUGUUUCUUGCGCUGGAUUCCUGAGGCCCAGAUUAACAACGGAGGCUACAUCACUGCCUUCCACAAAGUAUCUGUGCUGGCAGACGAGAUUGAGAUGCUGCAGAACCGCCUGCGCCAGUACAAAGGAACCCCCUCUACACCAGGAGGCUCCCCCGAAACAGAACGAUGCAAGAUGUACUUCCGGGCAAGCAACCUCAGUGACACUCCACCAACCCCAGAGUACCUGACCUCAUCGUUCCCGUUUUCUCCUGUCGGGAACCUUUGUAGGCGCAGCAUUCUCGGGACGCCGCUGAGCAAAUUCCUAAGUGGUGCCAAAAUAUGGAUUUCCACAGAGACACUGGCUAAUGAGACACUUUAAGCAUGUUGGGCACAGGGUGGGGGGAUCAAGAACCCGGAGCUCAAAUUGCACCCAAUGGGAUCCUAUAGAGAGUAAUGUUACUUUAGUGGUUUAAUUUUGCACAAGAUACUUCAAAGCAUUUAGAAUCUAGCUUUCAUUCGCACAAUAUGUUGCCAUUUUUUGCAUUCAUUUUAUCAGCAAAAAAUAAGUAUAUAUUUUAAAAAUAUUUCAAAGAAUGCAGUUGGACUCCAAAGAUGCAAUGGGGUGUUUUUUUUUUUUUUUUUUUUUUAAUAUAUAUUUAUUUAUUGUAAACUCACAGAACUAAAUUGGUUUACUAUUCUUUUAUUUCAGAGGGGAAAAUUGAUAAAACAUCUGCAGUUUUGCUAUUUGAGUGUUAGAAAAAGAAAAUCUACAUCAUUUAUUCUGUGGUCGUUGAUGCUUGUAGCCACAAUGUUGGUUGUUUUAAUUUUGUUUUAUGCAAGCCCAGGCAAGGACAUUUAGGGGCAGGCUGGUUACCUGUCCAGAGGAGAGUCCAGAGGAGAGAGGAAACUCUGUAAACCAACAUUAUGCUGGACCAUAACUUGCCUAGCAAGAGAGUUCCACCUCCUUUAGAUGCAUUAAGACUCUAGCCUGGAGCUGGAAAUGCAACUGAGGUGCAAUGCUGCUGUGCAGUGCUGGAGACUUCUUUCCAGGAGACAGGGCAGGGCAUUCAAGUCUGAUUUUAACCCUAGAUAAGCUCCUAAUUAUUCUGAUUUAUAAUGUACAGAAUAGUUUAGACCUUUCAGACAUGUCUCUCCUUAAGAUGUUAACACUUUGUUAAGUACUUUGAAUGAUAUGUGUUCAAAAUGUGCAAACCAUUUUGGAAUAUUGUUUUCAAAAUACAUGCUCUGUUACAUAAAUUUAUCUGUUAAUCGUUUGCACAUAUAGCUCAUAGAUUGACUUUUAAGAAAGGAGCAAAACUAUUGGUUUCAGCUAAUACUUUUUGCGACUGUUCGGGUCUAAAAAAAGAUGAAUUCAUUUACAUGACCGUAAUUUGCUACAUCGCGUUGCCACUGUGAAAUACGUUAUAAAUAACAACAAGAAAUUAGGAUUAUUUUUUGCUCAAAACAGGCAACAAACUAUGGGAUGGUAGGUAAUAUUUUAGGAGUAUACAAAAAUACAUUGCUUACAGUAUAUAGGUCUAUUGAAACUGCCAUUGAUACAGUCUAAUGCUAUUUUUGUUGGUUUGUGCCGACUGUCAUGUUACCUAUUUUUUUCUUAAUUUUACACAAUUCUCCUUAAAAUGCCAAGGAAGUUUUGAAUACUGUAAUAUUAUAGUGAUUGUCCUAUAACACACAUUGUGAUUCAUUGAGACCACUUGAGUAGAUAGAACUAAUAUACAGAUGAUUUGCACUGUUUAAGUCAUACGACAAACUGGUCUGUAAAUAUGAUACACAGGCAGAUGCACUCCCCAAGGAAAGUGCCUUUUUAAUGGAAACCUUGAAUGCAUUCAUUGUAUUUAAAUAAAAAAUAAUGAACAAUGCAACUUGGGUUCUGUAAUGCAAAAAUAGGAAUCUAAAACAUACAUUUAUAAAGUGCAUUAAAUGUGGACAAAUAGAAAAAUAAUGAAUACUAGAGAGAUUUGGCCGAAUCCAGUUGUGCAGACAGAUUUCAAUUAUUUUGAGCAGAAGUACAAUUAGAAGACAUUGAUAGACUAGCAGAAACGUUGUCAUUUUGUUUUAGUAUUUCUAAAUAUAGUUGGGCAAAACAACAACAUGCCUUGUGAAGGUGUUGCAUGACCUUGGCCUGUUUGUGUAAUGUUCUAAAUGGUUUUGUUCACCAGCAUUAUGUGAAGUAUACAAUACAGACUACAAAACAGUUUAAACAUAACAUGCAUGCAUUGUGGUUUCAGCUAUGGUUGCCUAUUUUGCACAGCGUACUGUAACAUGCACCGUUCCUACAGGAUGUAGCCCCGGAAAACGAAAUAUAGAACAGAAACAUCUACGUGUAUUUACAAAACCGAGAGAUUACCACAGGGAUAGUGCUUUCUGUGUUAACAGAGCUGUGGUCAGAGCAGGAAGCUGUAGAACAAAUGGAGUCCACUUCGAGCUAGUUUAAAAUAGCACAUGCUGGGUACAGAUUCAAGAAGCGGGACAUGACAAUCUUGUCGUACUGCUACAGAAAAUGACAUUUGUCCAAUAGUCUUGCAUAUGCUCAAAAGGGACGGAUAACCUUAUACUAAAAGUCUAUAGGGGUUGUGAAUUGCUUGACUUUAAUGCAGUCUUUAGUUAGAGUUCCUAAAGCUUUUGUGAAAACCCCGUCUUUAGUCAUAACCAGAUUAUUGGUUAGGAUUCAUUUAUAAAAUUUAAAGGACAUCAUUUGUAAAAUAUCUUUUUUCUUGAAUAGUUUUUAUAGAUAUAUCCAGUUAUAGAUAUUUGUGGCUAACAGGUUGGUACUAUACUAUUAAUGCCUUUUAUUUUUGAAAAAUUAAAAAAUGUAAAUGUAAAUAUAGUUUUAGUAUGAGCUAGGUUAGUUUUCCACUAAUUUUUUUUUUUUUUUGAAAAUGCACUCAUGGCUGUUGCAUGAUUAUUGUGUACUAAGCUCAACACAAUUUGAUAGUAAAACAGCUAAAUAUUUAUUUAGUUAUGCAAUAUGGUUAAAACUGGGUCAUUUGAAAUCCGCUGUGCCUUUUAAAAGGGAAUUUGGGUUUUCUAAGCAAUAUAUAUAAGAUAAAAGACCUCCUUUUUUCACUAUUAUCGGGAUGCUACUUCCAGUGGGCUUUUGUAUACGUCCACUGAUACUUCGACCCUGAUAAAUGUGACAUGCUGAUUCCAAAGCUGCAACAACUGGAAGCCAUACAGCACUGGUUUUAUAUCGGAUUCCCUUCAAUUUAAAAACAGCAGGAGUCUCCUGUGUUUCUAGCCAUGAGGUUUGUUUGUGUGCUGAAAGUUCCCCCCAGCAUUCUCUAAGCUGAGCACUGUUACAAUGGCUGUUAAGCUGAGCACCAGUCUGAUCACAAGCAUCCACAAAGAGAUCACAAACAAGGCUUUUGAGAAUCCAGGGGACGUCACACUGUUAGGCCAAAUACACCAAUGUCAACAAUUAAUACAGCAGAAUACAUUGUAAAUAAAUAAUAAUAAUAAUAAUAAUAAUAAUAAUAAUAAUAGAUGACCUGGGGAUGUUUUAAUUUGGUAAUAAAGAAUAAAUUAGACUAGCACUUUUAUAUCUAUAAAACCUGAAUUGUACUAGUAAAGCUAAUUAUAUUCUUUAAUGGUUAGGGGCUGUAGCUUUAGGCACAGAAUUGGGCACAUUUUUUUUUUUUAUUUUUUUUUAUGGGUGGUAGCAAGACAGUAAUCACUAAAUAUUUGUGAUACUGGAUUUUAUAUAUAUGGCUGCCAAAGUUAGUGUAUAUUGUAGUAGAUUUUCAUGGCUAAUAUUUAAGUAUUUCAAAACUGUAAUGAAUGCAACUAAUGUAAGCAAAAUAAAUUAAGAUCUGUCCAUAUCUCAUUAGGACAACUCUUCAAGGCUAACAAGCUAUUUGUUUAACAGAAUGUAUAAAAUCUUUGUGCCUAAUUUCUCUAGUCUGCCUGUAAUUUUGUAGAUGUUCUGUUAAGUUUCUGGAAAAGAAAUAAGGUGAAAAUGUGAAGGAAUUUCAAAACAAGCGAAUAAAGUAUAUUCACUUAAA